AUGCAAAAAGUUACGUGGGAAGAAGUUGGAGCUGCUCCAAACGCCAUUCUGUCGCCAGCCUACAAGAGCAAUGGCCAUGUGUUCACCUCCGGGAGCGUCGGGUUCGCUCCGGACGGAACUGUUCCUGUCGACGUCACGGUGCAGACCAAGUACGCCAUCGAGGCUCUGGAGAAGGUGCUGAAGAGCUCUGGUUCCUCGCUCGACAAGGUGCUGAAGGUUCUGUUGUUUAUUGCCGACCCGCUAGAUGCCCCAGCGGUCAAUGCCGUGUACAAGGAGUACUUCAAGCACCAGCCGGCCAGAUCGUGUGUUGUUGUCCAGUUCCCAGACGCCAGACUGAAGGUCGAGCUGGAGUGUGUUGCUGUGUACGAGUAG